GGUAAAACCGAGCGAGACCCCGGCCUUCGGGUGGAAUACAACGCCGUUGGCGGGGGGGUAAAAAUAACCAGCCAUCCACAUUGUUCAGGGCAAAAUGGAUUAUUCAACUUCAGUGUCUCGAGUAGGGUCUACUGACCACAAGUUUAUUUCUCCAGCGACAAAGCGACAGGCUGUUCAGAGUCUUAAGACCUCUGCAAAAAUGGAUGUUGCAGCAAAUGACGAUGAACGUGAAAGGAGGGAGAGAAGACGCUCAAAAGUGACAGAUUUGCAAUUAAGUGGCACAGAAAGCCCUUUGAUGUCCCCAGUGUCAAGGGGGACUCCACAAUCCUUUGAACCCAAGCUGUCAAAUAAUCAGAUAUCUGAACACUAUUCUACCUGCAUCAAACUAUGUUCUGAAAAUAAAAUCACCACAAAGAAUGCAUUUGGUCUUCAUUUGAUUGAUUACAUGGCUGACCUCCUCAAGGAGAAGGAAUCUGAACUCACUAACUUCAAGAUGGCAGCUGGCACCUUGGAUGCCAGUACGAAGAUCUAUGCUGUGAGAGUGGAUGCAGUACAUUCGGAUGUGUUCAGAAUCCUGGGGGGCCUUGGAAAAAACACUGAAGAGCCAGGAACUGAGGUAAACCCUGAGUCUUCUGAAGGCCAAAAUUCAAAAGGCCCUCAGAAGCAAAACAAAAGGAAGCACUCUUACAAAACCAUUGAGCAGAACUUGAGCAACAUCACGUAUGGAGUCAGUGACAUGAAGUUUGAGAUUGAUCCAAUGUUCCAGAAGGCUGCUUCAUUGUUUGAUGAAUGCAGUGCGGUGGGGGUUUUCAUGGUUAAUCUGCAGACCUAUGGACACACUGCUGAGCUGCUAUUUGAUUCCGAUGCCAAACUUAUCGAUACUGGUCCUCCACCAGAGUUGCUGCCCAUUGACCAAGUGGAGAUAUCUGACCUUGGAGGCCUUCAGCAGUCUUUGGAUGACAAGAAGAUCUGUCCUUCAUUAGAAGAUUUUCAGUUUACAAAUUGGGACAGUGAGGCUCAUAAUCAGGCUGUUUCUUUAAUAAUGGAAAAAUUCAAGAAAAGUGACCACUUAUUCGAUAUGAAUGCAGAGCCAGAAUUUGCGCAUGGUCAGCUGGGAAGCCAUGACCCUGUGGUGGAUGACUUUGAUGGAGAUCUUUGUGAUGAUGCUGGAGAUCUGAUGCACCAGGAUUUUGAGAACCAGCAAGAAUCCUCCAUCAUAGCAAAUGGUCAAGGCUGUAAAGAAACCAUUCCUCUGUCAGAUGUGGAUUUCAACAGCCUCUGUGUCCAGCUGUCAAAUCACCCAGGGGAAUAUUCCUACUUCAGCCCCAGAAUCAUGAAGAUGUGGGCAGGUCCUAAUCACUGGCGUUUCAGACCUCAACAAAAAGAACCAAUUGCUAAUCAAAAUAAGAAAAAGCAAGCUAAGAAAAUAUUUGAAAUUGACUUCAAUGAAGAUAUCAAUUUUGAGAUUCAAUUCAGAGAGACCAGGGCUGCCACAACAAUUUCAAAAGCUGCAUUAGAUCGACGCAGUAGAAAGCUGACAACGCUACCUACAGAUUUCCAUUAUGAUCCAGACAAUAUUACCCGGUUGUUUCUUAAACCUAGUGUCACGGUAAAGCGGAUUGUGAAAGAAAAUAUUUGCACGGAUCAAGAUGAUGGAAUUGCGGAUUAUGAUUACAAUAAUCCCAACGACACAUCAAACUUCUGCCCUAGAACACAGCCUGAUAGUGAUGAUGAUCAUGAUGGGUUUGUGGCUGCAAAUGAUUCCUUUGAUGCUGCAUUGGAGCAAGAUGAGAAUGGUUUGGAACUGGAUGGAAAGGGGUUAAACAUCACAACCUACGGAGGAGAAAACUUAGUGGCAGAGCCUCAGAAAGUCAACAAAAUCCUAUUGAAUUAUUCAAAGACAGCAAAAAAGAUGGAUGUGAAAAGACUGAAACAGAACAUGUGGGAUCUCCUGACUGAAAACAAAAAUAUCACGGAAGGAAAAAAUGGAGUGACUGAGGAGCUGCAAGUCGCUGUAAUGACGGUGAAAGGACAGCAAAGCUUCACAAACAUCACCAAGAAUCUGUUUGAAAGAUUACCGAGUACAAUGGCAAAGAACCUGUCUGUUCCUAUGGCAUUUGCCUGUUUGCUUCAUUUAGCCAAUGAAAAGAAUCUUGCAAUCGAGGGAAAGGAAGAUUUAUCUGAUGUUAUCAUCAGGCAAGGAAUCUGAAGACAUUCUGACUGUACAUACAUGUAAAACAGAGGUUGGAUCAGCUGUACAUA